ACAGCAUUCGGCGAUCGUUUCGGGCUGCGGCUACUCGAUCGGACACAGUGAAAGUGUGCGCCACGAAAUCGAGCAGACGCCAACCAAACUUUACCUGCAGUAGCACCGAGUGACAGUCAGUGCGUUUGUCACAUGUAUUAAGAUCAAACAAAACACGACCAACCGGUUAAAUUGAUACCGCAGGUAUCGAUCGGAACCGAUCAUUUAUAGUCGACGAUGGCCUGCUGAGUGGUUGUAUUAAAGUUCCCGCUCAAACAAUAGUGCUGUGCUGGCGCCUUGGCAUCGUUCCUAGUGAAAGUGUCGUGCACCACAGCUAUCGAAGUUUAACAUUGUACACCUUUGCCGAACACGUUCUACACGUUGCUUCCACAUUUACACUUGCUUCCUCCGCAAACUAUCAUCAUGGUGCUUUCUAUGUGUCGGUGCGUGUUAUUGCUGCUAAGUGGCCUAUUGUUCGUCCUAAUCUGUGAUAUUGAUCGUGCACAGGGUGCUUCCGUCUACAAAUCACCUAAUCUCGACGAUGCACGUUUCUGGCGACGAAAUGCUGAAUCCUACCUCAAGAAAGUCUUAACGUACGACGAAAACCGUCGUAUGAUACCCUCGAUGGCGAAAAACAUUAUCAUCUUCGUGGGCGACGGAAUGGGAAUUGCCUCACUAUCAACGGGGCGCAUCUUCAAGGGCCAACGAGCUGGACGAUCGGGCGAGGAAGAACAGUUGAGCUUCGAUAACUUCCCGAACACGGGCAUGUCAAAAACAUACAACACCGACCGACAGGUACCGGACUCUGCCGGUACCGCUACUGCCAUGUUCUCUGGCAUCAAAACGAAGUACGGUGUGCUUGGGGUGGAUUAUACGAUUACCGAGACAAAUUUGGAGGCAGCCAAGGUGCCAUCGUUCAUAGACUGGGCACAGGCAGAGGGUAAGCGAACGGGCAUAGUGACAACGACACGUGUCACACACGCAACGCCCGCCGCCUGUUACGCUCACACCAUUAACCGGAAUUAUGAGUGUGGUGCAAAGAUUCCUGUACAUCUGAAGAAUCGCAUCAAGGACAUCGCUCGUCAGAUGAUGGAGGAUGCACCGGGAAGGAAUCUAAAUGUUGUGCUUGGCGGAGGUAGAAACCAUUUUGGAGCAUCCAUGCCAGCACAUCUGAAGCCGGAGUAUAAAUUCCAAGGUGCCAUGGAGAAGACGUGUAUUCGCACCGAUGGACGUAACCUGGUUGAGGAGUGGAAGCAACGCUGGAAUGGUACAAAUGCUGCAUACGCCUGGAAAACCUCCGAUCUGAGAGCAGCUGAGUUGGAUAAGGUAGAACAUCUGCUCGGUCUGUUCAAUGACGAUCAUCUUAGCUACGAUUCGGUACGAGACCGAUCUCCAGAUGGAGAACCGUCACUGAGUGAGAUGACAGAGGCCGCGAUCAAGGUACUGCAGCGACCCGAUUCACCUGGGUUUGCGCUCAUGGUUGAAGGAGGCCGCAUCGAUCACGCACAUCAUCAGAACCAUGCUCAUCUUGCGUUGGCCGAGGUUGUUGAGCUAGACAAAGCCGUCGAAACAGCACUCAAUAUGGUCGAUCUUGACGAAACGCUUAUCAUCGUAACAGCGGACCAUUCACACGCGAUGACCUUCAACGGCUAUCCAGACCGGGGGAACGACAUACUGGGCUUCGGUAAUCGACCCAACGCAACACCUUAUGAAACGAUUACCUAUGCAAACGGACCCGGUUUCCUGCAGCACCGGUUUAACGCCAGUAUACUGACCGAAGAGUCUACCGAUUGGGCGACCUGGGUUAAGCUGAAUCUGCUCAACAGAAGCGAAGUCACCUACCGGCAUCUCUCAGCAUUCCCAUUGCCGGAUGAAACGCACGGCGGUGAAGACGUGGCCGUGUUUGCUGCCGGUCCCGGUGCUAAUCUCGUUCGCGGUACGUUCGAGCAGAACUAUAUCGCGUACGUAAUGAGUUACGCUGGAUGCAUGGGUCCGGCCAAACGGCUCAAUGUUGCCUGUGACGACGACUUCCGACAGGAGUAUACUAAAGCGUCCAGUGCGCAACGUGCCGCCUGCAGUAUUGCGCUAGUCAUCGUCUUCAUGCAUGCCAUCUUAGGAUUAGUCAGGCGAAUGUAAUAUUUAACUGUUAACGUAUUGUACCGUUUAAAUACUGUCUAUAAUAUUGAUCGAUGCUGGCGUCAAAAUCUUAGAAACAAAAUAUGCAAACAUUAGCAUAAAAAUAAACUAAACGGUUAAAAUAAAGAAAA